AUGGCUUUUUUAGAUUUAUCGCAAUUAUGGAAUUAUGGAUUUUAUGCAUUGAUUGUUUUUAUAUUGAUCCUUCCUUUUUUAUACGAUGGAGGAAGGCAAGCUGUUACUUAUCAUGGGAAAUUUUUCUUUUAUUAUUUUCUAGUAUCAUUAUCUGCAAUAGGUUUUAGUUUUGUUUUUUGUUUCAAUGCGAAAAAUGUUAAAAAUUGUUGGUACGCAGCUGAUGCUCUUAAAAACAUUGGCAAACUUUUUGGAAUCAAAUGGGAAUUGAGAGGUAUGGAACAUAUAAUUAAAGAUGGUGCCAUUGUCAUUGCAAACCAUCAAUCUUCAUUGGAUUUGUUAGGAAUGUUUCAAUUUUGGAGAAUCAUGGGAAAAGUAACGGCUAUAGCAAAAAAAGAAUUAUUUUAUUUUUGGCCUUUUGGAUUGUGCGCUUGGCUUGCCGGUGUUGUUUUCAUAGAUCGUAAUAACGCUUCGAAAUCUUACGACAUAUUAAAAGAAUCGGCUAAAUUAACAAAAGAAGAUGAGACCAAAUUGUUUUUUUUUCCCGAAGGUACGAGAAAUAUAAAAGUCAAUAAAACGAAAACUUUGUUACCAUUUAAAAAAGGAGCUUUUAAAUUAGCCAUUUUAUGUCAGAUACCCAUUUUACCCGUUGUUUUCUCCCCUUAUUAUUUCAUUGAUUCCGAUGAUAAAUAUUUUAAAACGGGAAAAGUCAUAGUGAAAGCAUUACCCCCAAUAUCGACGACGGAUCUCACGGAAAAAGACAUCGGGGAUCUAAUGGAAAAAGCGAGAAACGCCAUGACGAAAGCUUUCGAAGAAUUAUUCGACGAAGUUGUUUGUUCCCUACCGGAAAAUCAUAAAAUGCGUUCAUCAAUGCAAAAGAUGAGGACGGAAUAA